AUUACAACUCGCUGGUUCCGGCUCCUGGUGGUGCAACAGCAGAAAUAUUACACUCGGCAGCUGGUCGUGGUACUGGUUCUGGUGGUGCUACGAAAAUUUCCUCUGCUUACAACCCGGGCAACAACAUCGCAGAGAUGAAGGUCAAUCCCCUAGACGACGACUCUGACGACGGCUUCAACUUUCUCCUCGGGCCCAGUUCCCGCAACCGUCGCGCUUUUGACGCGAUGAAUAGUCGGAACCCGCCGGGCUAUCCAGGAAAAAACACUCAUCCCCCUCGAAUUUGUCAUGCAAAUAAACUUUCAUAAAGAUAAAUUUCUGUGUUUACCAUGCAACAAAUGGAUGGGGAUGGGGUGUUUUUCCUGGAUAGUACGGUGGCGGGAAGAUUUGUCGCCCAGCAAAAGCACAGCCACCAAGUUGUCGAUACGCAGACGCAGAUAAAGGACGAAAAGGACUUUUGUUUCGCGAUGCAGCACGACUUCUUUCCGACGGUUUUUCAAGAUUGCGAGGAGUUUUAUGACCGACCGCAGUCGCCAUUGUUUCCCUUGUACAAGAUCAAGACGAUCAUCGACGAAGAGAGCAAAGCCAGCACAAGCGGUAC